AGCACAUGUGCUGUCACUCAUUUACCCCGGCACAAACACACACACACACACACACAUUCAGACACACAUACCCUGAGAGAGCAAGGGGAGAGGGAGACGGAAGGCAUUUGGCUUUGAGACAUUUGGCUGCGCUGCUCCGUCCCAUCAGGAAGCUCUGUGGAAGUUCUUUUCUCCCCUUUUGGACGUCUCCCCCGGAGCAGUCGCCACCACACCGCCACCGGUGCCACACCCCAGGGACCGCUGAGAGACACGCACUGGCCGGAGCAGAAGAUGGAGCUCAGGCUACUGGCGGGACAGUUCUUAUUCCUCCUUACUCUAUGUCAGGUCUGGCGAAGCUCCCAGACAGAACAGCAUGGACUGAACCCAGACGUCCUGUAUCCGUGGCGACAGGCCAGAGGGGGGCUGGCCUUUGCAGGUCUGGCCAGAGUGAGAAGGGACUGGAUCAUCCCUCCCAUUCGAGUGCUGGAGAACAGCAAAAUGAUCCCUGAGAAACUUGUUCAGAUAAAAUCAGACAAGGUUUCCAGGGGUGACGUGAUCUACAGGCUCGAGGGACCAGGGGUCAACCAGGAUCCCAAAGACCAUUUUGAAAUAGAUGAGAAAACAGGAUGGAUCGUGAGCAAGACGCCCCUGGACAGAGAGAAAUACAACAGUUUCACGCUUAAAGCCUUCGCCUUGUCACCGAGCGGAGAGAGACUGGAGAGCCCCACCACCAUUGAAAUCUAUGUGCUGGAUCAAAAUGACAACAGACCAAACUUCACCCAGCCUCAGUUCGUGGGCAGUGUUCCUGAGUUUGCUCCACCAGGUACCUCAGUGAUGCGAGUGAUAGCUGAGGAUAAAGAUGACCCAAUGACAGACAAUGCUGCCUUGAGCUACUCCAUCCUCAAACAGGAAAGCAUCCCCCCAAACAAAGCUGACAAGAAUGUGUUUGGCAUCAGAGAAGCGACGGGGGAUAUAUACACUCUUGAGGGGAUGGACAGAGAGGUGAUACAGGCAUUCAAUCUGACCCUUCAAGUGGCUGACAUGUCAGGGAUGGGUCUGACCAGCACUGGCCACGCCAUCAUCAACAUUACAGACAUCAACAACCAUGGUCCAAAGUUCCUCUCCGACACGUACAAGUUCUUUGCUGUGGAGAACGCACUGACUGAUGUAAUAGGAAGGGUCAAUGCCACUGAUGGUGAUGACCACGGUGGAAGGAACUGGAAGGUUCAGUACCACAUUUCAGAGGGGGAUCCCAACUCACACUUUGCCAUCACAACAGAUCCCAUCAACAACCAAGGCAUUUUGUCAGUCAUAAAGCCUUUGGAUUAUGAGUCCAGUCCUGAGCAUGAGUUGGUCCUAACUGCAUCCAAUUUGGUGCCACUUGAAGGCAUGUCCCUCGAUUCCCCCACCAGCACUGCUACCGUCACCGUUGUGGUUGUGAAUGAGAAUGAAGCACCACGUUUCUUCGAAGACCCAAUCAUCGUGAAAGUUCCUGAGUCAAUUGUACCUGGAACAAUUAUUGUCCAAAACAUUGCCCACGAUCCCGACAAUGCCAGGCUCAGGUUUGAGAUAAGCCAUGACCCGGAGAGGUGGCUCGCCAUUAACCGUGACACUGGAGAAGUCACAGCCAAACGAGCCUUUAACAUCCGCUCGCCAAACGUCAAGGACAAUAUUUACCGUGCCAUGAUUCAAGUAUCUGAUGCUGAUAUUAAUGGAAUGUCAAUUGCAGGCACUCUGGAGAUUUCACUCAUUGAAACGAAUGACCACAGCCCUAAGCUUUUCCCACUGAGUGCCACCAUGUGCAGCAACAGAAACAACCCUUGCGUUCUACUGAGUGCUACUGAUGAAGACAUGCCCCCUCACUCCAUACCUUUUACAUUCAGCACGUUAAUAGCCAAUUGGACUAUUGUUCAGAGCAACGGGACCCAUGCAUUCCUGGAGCAAAUGGUAGACACUGAAUCUGGGGAGUUCACUGUCCCUGUGGCAGUGUCUGACUCUGGUGCACCCCGGCUCACCUCCAUCAGCCACAUCAACGUCACCGUAUGUCCAUGUGACGUGGACGGGGAAUGUAAAGCCAUCUCUGCCGCCAUCUUUGGCACCAGAGCGGGCAUCAGUUUCAUCGCCCUGAUAGUUAUCAUGAGUUGCAUUGCUCUCUUAUUCGUGUUGCUGCUGCUUGCUGUAGCUGUGGGAGCCUGUAAAAGGCACCAUAUCAAGAAAGGAGGGGGGCUGCUGGUUGGGGAGUCGGAUGAUGACAUCCGUGACAACGUCCUCAACUAUGAUGAGCAGGGCGGAGGAGAAGAGGAUGAGAACGUGUUCAACAUUGACCUGCUGAGGAACCCCAGCGAUAUUGUCCCGUCCCCAUCGCCCUUUUCUUCCCCUGUCUCCGGCUGGCCAAGGGGGAGACAGCCUCUCAGGAAAGACACUCCACACAACCUACCCUCGCCUACAUAUCCCAGAAGGCCCCCUGCUGAUCCCACUGACAUUGCAGACUUCAUCAAUGACGGGCUGGAGGCCGCUGACAAUGACCCUAAUGUGCCGCCCUACGACACGGCACUCAUCUACGACUACGAGGGGGAUGGGUCUCUGGCAGGCAGCCUAAGCACCCUGGCCUCAGCAGGCUCGGAUGCAGACCAGGACUACGACUACCUCAACGACUGGGGACCACGUUUCAAAAAACUAGCCAACAUGUAUGACCCACGUUAAAUGUAGUCCCCACCAUAUCCAACCCACUGUUUUCUCCACCCACAUGCACAGAGCAUAGCAUACUGUUGGACACUCACACAAACACACAAACACAAAAACAAGCACACACACAGGCCUUUUUGUCAUUAUUAUUUCUUUUCCUGAAUUCUGCAAUGUGGUGCUUGCAUGGUAACACACAGUGCUGUAAAGUCAGAUGCAAUACACAGUGCUACCUUGUUUCCCUCAUUUCCUAUAUAGUUCAGUGACAUUUUUCUGUGCAGCACCUUACUGAAUAGUUGCCCCAAAUGCUGCACCGUAUCAUGGCUUUGCCUAGUGGUUGCCAAAAGGUAAAAAGUAUGUCAGUUUGUACUGAUGAUAGACGUAGAGAAUGCUUGAGAGAAACUUAAGAGAUUAGAGGUUGUCUUAUCUGUUUUUCUGACGCAUCAUCUUGAAAAACAGUUCAUGUGAGCUGCACUGUAAACUGCAAAUGGUAUUGGGAAUAUCUGUAUGUCGAGACUGUAUCUGGUAAUAAGGCAAGUAAUAUCCACAGGUCAAUGAAUGUAGAGAUAUGAGAAUACGUGAUAUGUCGAGCAUGGACAAAUCCAGACAACAGAGUCUGAAUUGCCUCUGGUAUGAUUUAUGCUAGGGUUUACUUACUUUGUAUAAGUGAUUCAACAAGAUAUGAAUAAAUAUCUCCAAUAUAGGCGUUUUUUUUUCUUUUUGUGGUACAUUACUACCUUUUUAUAUUAUAUGUAAAUAUAAUGUUAGACUUGAUGAUCCUAUGAAGAUACUUUUGUAUUUUUCUGUUUAAGAUUAUAUUGGAAGGGUAAAACCAUUGGCAAACCGUUCAACUCUCCAAACAACUUGUUUUUUCAGUGUGCGUCGAUUUGCCCUCUUCAGCAUUAAUAAUUAUAACUCAUUGUAUUCUCAGUAAAAUUGUAUAGAUGUAUGACUUUUUCUUUUUAUACUUUUAAUUCUGCAAUCUUCAAAAAGAGAUAAAAACAUAUGAUGUAUCGUCUGUGUGGCUAUUGAUGUUGUUUUUGUAAUGUACUAUUUAUUUCAUCCAUGAGGUUAAAAGCCAUUAAAAUUGAAAAUGUUACCUUGUACUAAUCAAUAUUGUGUUUAAUAAACCAGAACAGGCUUUUACAUUUAUUGUGUGGAUAUGCUUCCGUUAACAGCUUUUAUAUGGGUCUAUACAUCAGGUGAAUUCAGGUAGA